AUGACUAAGUUUGCUAUGAAUAACGAGGUUCAUGGUUCGACCGGACUGACACCAUUCUUCGUUAGCAACGCUCUUCGUCCUCGUUUUCCUGUUCUUCUCGGUCUACCUGAUAUCUCCUCUUGGUGGGGAGGGACACCAGACGAGCUAGCACCGAGUAACAGCGCACCAGCGACGACGUCGCCAACUUUUGACCGUGGCGACACUGUAGACGAACUGACAUCUAAUCGACUGACAUCAGCAGUUUUAAAAACAGCAGUGAACACUGCUCAUACCCUCCCAUCCACGCAAGGUAAUCAUCGACCACUGAAUUUCGGCGACACGACACGGUGGGUCACCGAGUCUUCAAUCGACUCCACGCGCCGUUCAGACCAUUUCAGACGCUCUCAACGAGCGUCACCUACGCUUGACUCGUGCGUAGACGCGUCGCCGCCGAGCAAACAUCUUUCUGACUCGGCGGCCAUCAAAGCCUUUAUCCAAAAGCGUCAUGUUGUCACGCGUUUUGAUCGUGACGCUGGUGCAAACGCUGUCGAGAAACCGAAAGCGGACGCUGACAAGCGCGGUCGCACCAUACAAGAGAAGUUCACCAUUGGCGACAAGGUACUACUUUCGACAUCAGGCAUUCAAGACACGACUAUUACCAACGUUGGUGGUAACAAACUGGUGCCAAGGUGUCUUGGCCCCUUCAAGCGGUACCACCCGUCGCUUCUAACGACGCAGACGGAUGCAUCGGGGGCGAAUAUCGUGACCCCCGAUGUCGCGGAGGCCUCGGCGAAUCAGGCGAGCGCUGACCCCUCAAGAUCGCGUUCUCCCGCCGCUCUGCAGUCGUGUGCGCCCUUCCAGUGCGACGGUCUCCCUCCACUUAUUGACGUCCCCGAGAAUCUACGCUGGAUCGUGGAUCGCAUUGUCAAUCACCGCGACCUGAAGGAGUCUCCUCGUCACGGCGAUCGUCGCCGUGACGAUUAUCGCGAACAACUAGAUGCACGACUGUAUCGCGAUUGCUGUAUCGGCUUCCUUGCUGAGAGUCAUUCGCGGGAGUCACUUUAG